AGUUGGGGGUGCGGGGCUGUGACCUAGAGGCUUUGGUGUCGAUCCCCGAGGCGUUCGCGCGCGCCAGCUGUCCUCGCGGCCGCCUGCGCGCUGCCCGCCGGCCCGCCCGCCAGGGCUCCGCCGCCCUCGCCUCGGCCUCGUUAGCCCGCCAGGAGCCCCGCAGCUCCUCCGGGAGCCCGCUGGUAACUCGCGUCCCUCGCGCUUCUCCGGUGCCUGAGGGGGCCGCCUCGGGCCAUGGUGCUCUCCCAGGAGGAGCCGGACUCCGCGCGGGGCACGAGCGAGGCGCAGCCGCUCGGCCCCGCGCCCACGGGGGCUGCUCCGCCGCCCGGCCCGGGACCCUCGGACAGCCCCGAGGCGGCUGUCGAGAAGGUGGAGAUGGAGCUGGCGGGGCCGGCGGACGCGGAGCCCCAUGAGCCCCCCGAACCCCCCGAGGGCGGCUGGGGCUGGCUGGUGAUGCUGGCGGCCAUGUGGUGCAACGGGUCAGUGUUCGGCAUCCAGAACGCUUGCGGGGUGCUCUUCGUGUCCAUGCUGGAAACCUUCGGCUCCAAAGACGAUGACAAGAUGGUCUUUAAGACAGCAUGGGUAGGUUCUCUCUCCAUGGGGAUGAUUUUCUUUUGCUGCCCAAUAGUGAGCGUCUUCACAGACCUAUUUGGUUGUCGGAAAACAGCUGUCGUAGGUGCUGCUGUUGGAUUUGUUGGGCUCAUGUCCAGUUCUUUUGUAAGUUCCAUCGAGCCUCUGUACCUUACCUAUGGAAUCAUAUUUGCCUGCGGCUGCUCCUUUGCAUACCAGCCUUCAUUGGUCAUUUUGGGACACUAUUUCAAGAAGCGCCUUGGACUGGUGAAUGGCAUUGUCACUGCUGGCAGCAGUGUCUUCACAAUCCUGCUGCCUUUGCUCUUAAGGGUUCUGAUUGACAGCGUGGGCCUCUUUUACACAUUGAGGGUGCUCUGCAUCUUCAUGUUUGUUCUCUUUCUGGCUGGCUUUACUUACCGACCUCUUGCUACCAGUACCAAAGAUAAAGAGAGUGGAGGUAGCGGAUCCUCCCCCUUUUCCAGGAGAAAGUUCAGUGCUCCAAAAAAGAUUUUCAAUUUUGCCAUCUUCAAGGUGACAGCUUAUGCAGUGUGGGCAGUUGGAAUACCACUUGCACUUUUUGGAUACUUUGUGCCUUAUGUUCACUUGAUGAAACAUGUAAAUGAAAGAUUUCAAGAUGAAAAAAAUAAAGAGAUUGUUCUCAUGUGCAUUGGCGUCACUUCAGGAGUUGGACGACUGCUCUUUGGCCGGAUUGCAGAUUAUGUGCCUGGCGUGAAGAAGGUUUAUCUACAGGUACUCUCCUUUUUCUUCAUUGGUCUGAUGUCCAUGAUGAUUCCUCUGUGUAGCAUCUUUGGGGCCCUCAUUGCUGUGUGUCUCAUCAUGGGUCUCUUCGAUGGAUGCUUCAUUUCCAUUAUGGCUCCCAUAGCCUUUGAGUUAGUUGGUGCCCAGGAUGUCUCCCAAGCAAUUGGAUUUCUGCUCGGAUUCAUGUCUAUACCCAUGACUGUUGGCCCACCCAUUGCAGGGUUACUUCGUGACAAGCUGGGCUCCUAUGAUGUGGCAUUCUACCUCGCUGGAGUCCCUCCCCUUAUUGGAGGUGCUGUGCUUUGUUUUAUCCCAUGGAUCCAUAGUAAGAAGCAAAGAGAAAUCAGUAAAACCACUGGAAAAGAAAAGAUGGAGAAAAUGUUGGAAAACCAGAACUCUCUGCUGUCAAGUUCAUCUGGAAUGUUCAAGAGAGAAUCUGACUCUAUUAUUUAAUAUCUUACAUACCUCCACCAGACUGGACUUGCUUUUUGAAUUUUAAGCAAGUUUCCUUUCCUUUUAUACAAAUUGCAAAUUUCAUAUUUUUUUAAUCACAUCCUAGGAAUAGCACAAUAAUUGGGAAAUAGAACCCUUAUCACUACAAGAACCAUUUUCUGCCACUAAAUAUCUCUGAUGUUUCCAUGAGUCUGAGGGCAGAGACUGGUAUAUGAAAACAUGUCUGAAAGUCACAUAUUGUGAAAAUUUGAAGCUAUCUCAGUAAAAAGCAGCUUUGGAAACUGUGAAUGAUCUUUAGCUUGUACAAAUAUUUAAAAAUACCUCAGGCUAUACUGAAAGGGUUGCAGUUUGGUUAGGAGUGGAAAUAUUUUGUUUGUUAAUGAUGUCUUCAGUUCUGGUACCUCUGUUUUACUUUCUUAUGCUCUUUGGAAACUUUUUGCAAAAUUUAAGCCUGCGUUCUAGAUAAUACCAGAUCUACCUAAACCUCAAGUCUAUGUUAAAGUUGCUUUCCUGCUGUUAAAUAAGCUAUGAUAUUAAGUUAUUCUGACUUGCUCCAGUGUCAAGGGACCUUCUGGGAGCAGGUGCUAACAAAGUGUUCAGAAUCAAUAUGUGAGAUGAAAAGGAUCCUCUCCAGGAGGAUCCUGAGGUGUUCAGAAAUCAUUUAAGUUUACAGCAUUGUUCCCUUUGCAUUUGCAGUGUGUUUUACUCAAGUAGCCAGAAACACCCCACGUUUCUGAAUUUGUUUAAAUUUUAACAAUAAAGUAAAAUAGAAUGCAUGAAAGAUAUUCUGGCACUUGUAACUUAGAAUUUUUCUGACUUCUGGAUUUGUUAGCACUAGAACCUGAUAUUUAAACAAAGUCUUACUGAGCAGUUAUCAAGUGGCAGUUACAGGCACAAACUGAUGGAGGCUGGAGGGUGGGGAGGGGGGCAAAACCCUUUAUAUUUGUGAAGAAAAUAUCUGUAGCUGAUAGAAAUAAUUGCUUAAAUUGGUUUAUGAAAUUAAUGAGUCUGAAAAGGUUAAAAGCACUUACAAAAAGAACCAAGUCCUACAUUUCCAGAACUUUCUGGCAAAAAUUUGCACUCAUAUUAUUUAUCCUAUGAACAUUCCCAAUUUUUUUUUUUUUUUGCUAUUUAUAUACAGAUUAUCUAAGAAAGCUCUUAGUUUGAGGACCCAAAAUAAAACCAAAGUCAUGCCAUGACCCAUACUCAUUUACAAAAACAAGAACACUUUCCUCUAUCCCUAAAAUUAUACUUUAGUACUUGAGGCCUUUAAAUGUUAGUGCUUUUGAUUGUGAAGACAUUCAGCAACUUACUUUGUCAUACACGCAGUUGCACCUUACCACUUCUAAUAGUGUCAUAUAUCAUAUUCAGGGGACUUAGAUAAUUUGCCUGUGGAUGGUUCUUUUGCAGGAAAAAAAAAAUCUACAUUUUGACCAUACUACCUUUUCAUGUUCUUAUUAUAAGCUUUUAGAAAAUGAUUUCAUUCACUCAUGUCCAGUUAUAUAAAACGUUACUUUCUCAUUUUUGAGAAGUUCAACAAAACACACUACUAAGACCACUCAUCAAACCCACUAUUAUAAAUGUUAAUUUUGGCUGGGUAAGGUGGCUUGCACCUAUAAUCCCAGCACUUUGGGAGCCUGAGGAGGGAAGAUCACUUGAGCCCAGGAGUUUGAGACCAGCCUGGGCAACAUAGCAAGACCUGUCUCUACUAAAAAUAAAAAAAAAUUAGGCCAAGCGUAGUGGCUCAUGCCUGUAAUCCUAGCACUUUGGCAGUCCAAGGCAGGGGGAUCACUUGAGCCCAGAAGUUCAAGAGCAGCUUGGGUAGCAUAAUGAGACCCUGUCUCUACAAAAAAUUUAAAAAUUAGCCAGGCAUGAUGGUGCCCACCUGUAGCCCCAGCUACUCAGAGGCUGAGGUAGUGGAAGGAUUGCUUGAGCCUAGGAGAUGGAGGCUGCAGUGAGCUAUGCCACUGUACUCUAGCCUGUUCAACUGAGCAGGACCCUGUCUGUAAAAGAAAAUCAAAAACAAAAAGUAAAUGUUAAUUUUUUUAAAAGUUUUAGCACAGACUCCCCUCAAAACACCUUCUCCCCAGUUUUACAGAAAGUAAUUCAAAAAUGAAAACUUUACUCUGUAAAGACUUCUACAGUGUUUUUCUUUUCAAAAUUUGGCUGAUUUUAGGGAAAAAAAGUGAUAAUCUGAAACUAAAAAAAAUUGCUUGGUUAGUUUCCAUAUUAAAAUAGCAGUGACGAGUAUAUGUAACUUAGAGCUCAGCAUAUGUGUUUGUAUAUUAAACUUCACAUAUGUAGUUUUCAGUUUAAUGGAAUGAAUCAAACUGGGUCUAUAACACUGAAAAAGUUCUAUUGUAAUAGACUCAUAUGGAGAAUACUCUGCUAUAAUAAUAUAAAAUUAAGAAGAAAAAAUAUAAAGGUAAGAUGCUAAACUCCAUAAAUGCAUAUUUAGUACUAUGUUGUUUGUGGGAAAAGUUCUAAAUGUUUAAAAUGCACAAAGAAAAUGAAAAAUACUAAUAUAAAAAUUUGUGCUUUAAUCUAGUGAAACUAAAUCCUUUCUAAUUUCUGAAUGAAGUGUUACUGCUGCAAUAAAGUGACCUGAUAAGCCUAAAUUUUUUGUGUUCAAUCCAGACACUUCUGAGAGUCUGAAAAGAAUACAGAGUCAGAACUCUGCUUUUAUCUCCUCAUCCUGUUUUUGAUAAGACUCAGAAAAUUCUCAAAUUCAAAAGGUUCUGGCAUUUGAGGCCAAGAAAAGUAUGAAAGGGAGUAACAUUCCUUUUUAUAGAAACUCUAGAUUGGAUACUAUUGUAACAGAUGGCCAAGAAACUUCCAGAAACAUUUUGGUUAAAUUUUACUGCAAUGGAUAUUGCUGGGAUCCAUCCAUUUAAGCAGUAAUAUACCACCCAGAUUAUUGAUACUUUAGGCAAGAUGUGUUCAUCUCUUUGAUCAUAUUUACAAUGCUUACUCUAUAGCCCUGCUACAAGACUUAUAAUUUCCACUGAAAAUUGCAUAGUUCUUGUAUUAAGAUUCAAAUUCUGGCUGGGCGCAGUGGCUCACCCCUGUAAUCCCAGGACUUUGGGAGGCCGAGGCAGGCGGAUUGCCUGAGCUCAGGAGUUCACAACCAGCCUGAAACACGGUGAAACUCCAUCUCUACUAAAAUACAAAAAAAUUAGCCAGGCGUGGCGGGCGCCUGUAGUCCCAGCUACUCGGGAAGCUGAGGCAGGAGAAGAACCCAGGAGGCGGAGGUUGCAGUGAGCCGAGAUUGUGCCACUGCACUCCAGCCUGGGCGACAGAGCGAGACUCCAUCUCAAAAAAAAAAAAAAAAAAAGUAAAAGUACACAUAGUUUAAAAGUAAACAUGUUUACUUAGGAUAAUUCUAAUCCUUUUAGCUGCAUUUAAGAAUAUUUUAAUUUAUACCAAUGUUACUCGAAAUUGGCCUAUGUCCAGAUGACUUUUGAUGUUAAAUCCAUGGAAAACUGAAUAGAAAAUAUGACAUGAGAUCAGGGAGGGGAAAGGCAACCUACAGCAUGGGUGGCUCUGAGGAGUUCCUGCUGGUGCACUUUCAUGCCCUUUCUUAUGUACCUUUUGUCUUACUCUUCUUACAUUAUUCUUAUCCUCAUCAUUUUUUCAUUUCCCUUUACUUCCUCCUAUCCUUCCAAAACCUCCUGAAGAGUUCAUUAACAUCCAUGCUUAGUUCCAUUGGUUGCAUGGCUGUAUUUCCUACUGAUCCCUGUAGUUUCACUGAAUGGAUCCCCACCCAAUUUCGUGUAUCCUGGAGAAUGGCUUUCUCUCGGCCUUCAACUUAGUUCUAAUGAUCUACAUUGAAUUUAAUUUUAAAUUACAUGACUGAAAUAUUUAAGGGAAGAAAUAAAUUUCAUACAAAUUAGUAUUUUUUAUGCUAACAUUUAAAACUUUAUUUAAAUUUUUAAAGUAAAUGCUUUGGGGAAAAAAAAAACAUUGCCAAGUCUUUAGCAUAUUUUCAGAGAGCGUAAUUUUUUAGUUUGAUUUCCAGUUUCACUAAGGUUUCAUUAAAUCUUAGUUCCGAGAGCCCAGCAUGAAGGGUGACUGGGAAUGUAGUGUGCCUCUCUGAUGCAGUUCCUAAUGAUUAUUCUUCAGGGACCUUCCUUAGGUUGGGUUACAUUUUCUGGUGAAUGGUGUUAGAGUAAAUUCCCAGAGUUUAGAGAUACAAGUAGAAAUGCAUAAGCUAAUUAGCUCCAAUUUUAUAAUAUGUAAACAAUUUAAACAAGUAUUUAAAACUUUUUAGGAAGUCUCUAGCACUGAAAAAAAGGUCAUUGUUGCUGGUAUAAACAUUAAGGAACAACUUUUACAUUAGGUCAAAGAUUGUUGCUUUUCCAGUGUGUUGUCUUAAAAAUAGAAGGAAAUGAAACUAUUACCUUCUUUUUACAUCUAUAUGUUUUUAUAAUUUGAAAGGCAAGUAGUAUCUUGGCGAAUAAGAAAUGCAUCAUCCAUAACAAUUUAAUUAACUCUUAAAAAGACAAGCUUUUUGUCUUGUUAUGAAAACAAAAGGCAAUUUGUCAUUCAUAAUGGUAAUGUGGAAUAAGAAUACAUCAUAGAAGGAAGACUUGCUACUUUACUGACUUAAUCAUUAGUUCUAAGGCCGUGUGUGGAGGCUCACGCCUGUAAUCCCAGCACUUUGGGAGUCCAAGGCGGUAGGAUCACCAGAGCCCAGGGUUCAAGACUCAGCCUGGGCAACAUAGUGAGAUUUCGUCUCUACAAAAAAAAAGUUUAGCCAGCUUGGUGGCACAUGCCUGUAGUCCCAGCUACUCAGGAGGCUGAGGCAAGAGGAUUGCUUGAGCAUAGCAGGUCAAGUCUGCAGUGAGCUGUGGUUGCACCACUGCACUCCAGCCUGGGUGACAAAAUGAGACCUUGUCUAAAAAAAGAAAAAAAAAUUAGUUCUGCUCUACUAUACAUGCUGACUUUUGUUGAUAGCUUGGUCUAAAAAGACUGUCUAGAGCUGAAUUUAAGAAUGGUUCCGGAGCAAAUAAUAACAAGGUAGACAAACAGGCCCUGGGCUCACUAUAAUUUCAUAGCCACGACAUGUUUAUGAUUAGUUGGCAGAGAUUAAUGCUUUGUAUUAUAAAUAUACUAUAGAACAAUAGGUCACGAUUCUCAAGAACAAAGGCCGAAUGCUCACAGUUAAGUGUGAAGCUUGUGUAAAUGUCAGAACCACAAUUAUGGACCUACCAUCAAUGUGCAUUUUAUCAGAUGACUCCUCCUGAGACAGUAAAGACUCAUGGAAAAUUCAUUACAUCUUUGAAUCACUUAGAAAAAUCUUGAAACUCAGGACGUAGUUUACUUAGCUUGCCUUUUUUAAAAUUAUCAAAUUUUAAAUUGUAAACUUUUGUCUUCACUUCCACACGUUCAAGGACACCUCUUUUAAAGUUCAAUGUUCCAUACUAAAGGGGUGCAAUCUUGCUUUCUGGGGAAAUAAAAUUCCCCAUGGUACUAUAUUCCUGACAGAUAUAAAAUAACAUGAGGCCACCUCAUUUUUGCAAUAGAUUUCAAUAUUUUUAUUAGUAAGUUGGAAAGACAGUAGGAACAAAAUGAAACCUUUCUAAGUACUUGAUGCCACCCACUUGAUCAUGAUAAUUCAUCUACCUCCGCUUUCCGUGUCCAGCUGAAAGCCCAGCUGAGUUAACUCCUGCUUCAUCAGAAGGGAGCUAAUAGUGAUUCUGGGAUUAAAAAGCAAGGGGGAUGCAAAUUGUUAGUGGGGUCAAAAUAUCAGUAAAAUUUCUUAAGUGCUUUGUUCUGAUAAGCAGAUGUAAAAGUAACAAAAAAGGAAUAACAACUAAUAUGGCCUGUGGAUCUGACAAAAACCUGAAGAAAUUCAGAAUCUAGAUACACUUAGAUUCUAAAUUAGGCACGCUUAGAUUCUAAUGAACACUUAGAAUGCUUCGCCAGUGGCUUUUCAAGUUACACUGGAAGCUUGAUUAUGAAAAAGUUUUGUUUUCAUUGGCAAGAGGGUAGAUGAUCAGUGAUGAUAGAUUGUACAGCUGUGCCUGAACCUUACAACUUACACAUUAAACUCCUGUAAGAGACACUCCUUCCUAGUAGAACAAGGACUGGGACAAUGAAUUUUUGACUCACUGGAGUUUUUAAAAAUGCUGUUCUUGAGUGUGGCAAUAGUGUAGGAGUUAACACAGUCUACCUAAAGAAGUUGCUUUGCCUUUCAAUAUAAGUGCUAUAAGAAGAGUAUUUUGGAGUUCAAUGUCCCUAAACAUGUAUGCGAUAGGAACUACCAAUAUAAAAUAACACUUAAAACAAAAAUUAGAUCGGUAAUACUAUUUUGGAGCCUGUGAUGUAUGACUUUUAUUCUUUACUAGAUAUUUUUCAGUAUCUGUCAUUAGAAGAGUCAGUUUGUUAAAUAUUUUAAAUGUGUAAACACAUAAAACCUUUCUACUGUGAUCUUCCCUAAUGAGUCAAAGUAUCUUUCAUAAUUCAGUCUAUACUGAAAUGUUAUUUCAGGAAUGGAGGGUUUGUUAUUAAUAGUGCUGGGCCAGGCACGGUGACUCAUGCCUGUAAUCCCAGCACUUUGGGAGGCCGAGACGGGCGAAUCACCUGAGGGUUCGGAGUUGGAGACCAGCCUGACCAACAUGGAGAAACCUCAUCUCUACCAAAAAUACAAAAUUAGCCGGGCGUGGUGGCCCAAUGCUGUAAUCCCAGCUACUCGGGAGGCUGAGGCAGUAGAAUUGCUUGAAUCCAGGAGGCGGAGGUUGCAGUGAGCCAAGAUAGCACCAUUGCACUCCAGCCUGGGCAACAAGAGCAAAACUCUGUCUCAAAAAAGAAAAAAAAAAAGUGCUGUAUUUUGACCCUGGACUAUGAACAGACUGUGUGGUUGGUGCCUCUUUUUUUUCUACCAAAGAUUAUUAGAUCAAGAUUGGUGCUAUACUUCAUGUUCCUUUCAAAAUUAUUUUUCUUUUAAAAAUAUUAAUAUACAACACAAUAGAAAAUGUAUACGGCCAGCAGUAUUAUGCAUGUUGCAUUUUAUAUACAUGACUGAGGAAAAAAGCUCACCUAUACAGUGAUUAUUGAGUUCCAGUAUCUAGUUAGAGGUAUGCAAUUUUUGUUAACAUAUAAGGCUUUAAAUUACAAAACUCACAAGAAAAUGAUCACCAAAUGAGAAUGUUCUAAUGAACACAACCUCCCAAGGUAAUAACUUUAAAGAAAAAGUCCCUUGUCAAUGUUUUCAACACAAAGUGAGCGAUUUAAAUAUAUUCUGUAACUUUGAGGCAAUGUGAAAAAGAUUAUAUAUAAUAGCUUCCUAUUGAGCUGGCUUAUACAGACAUUUGGACAUUUGAAACUAUUUAGCAAUUUUCAGGCUAAAAUCAGAGUUUUGAGAGUCAUCAAUCUUAAAACAUGGAUGAGUUACUUGCACAGUUAUAUUUUUAUAAUUCUUUGAAAUUUCUCACUGAAAGUAUCAUUGUUUGUCUUUCAGAUUUAACAUAAACAAUAAGUACUGCGGCUGGGUCAGUGUCAGCAAAUCUCAGAUCUAUGAUUUAUCAAGGGCUCUCAGCACCAUCGUUGGUCUGAUUGUGUAAUACUUAUGUAAAAUAACAUGGGUCUCCUAGGCCAGGCGCCAUGGCUCACACAUAAUCCCAGCACUUUGGGAGGCUGAGGCAGGCGGAUUGCUUGAGGCCAGGAGUUCGAGACAUAUGGGUCUCUUUAAUGCUCUGUAGGUAGGAUUCAGAUGAAUGGAGAAUGACAGGUUUCUUUUUCUUUUUUUUUUUUGAGAUGGAGUCUUGCUGUACUGCCAGGCUCCAGUGCAGUGGUGCGAUCUCAGCUCACUGCAACCUCCGCCUCCUGGGCUCAAGCGAUUCUCGUGCCUCAGUCUUCUGAGUAGCUGGGACUACAGGUGCCCAGUACCACACCAGCUAAUUUUUGUAUUUUUAGUAGAGAUGGGGUUUCCCCAUGUUGGCCAGACUGGCCUUAAGUGAUCCACCUGCCUCAGCCUCCCAAAGUGCUGGAAUUGCAGGCAUGAACCACCAUGCCCGGCUAGAGAAUGACAGGUUUCAGUUGAAUUCUUCUCUUUUUUAAAGACCGUGACUUAACUGUGUUUUAUGAGGAUUUUAUAAAUAUAAAUUAAGACAAUACACACUCUCAUUUUCCUAAUUGGAAAGACCAUGCAUUCACAAUCCAGUAUACUGGAUUUGCUCUGGUAACUAAUGAUAACACUUUUCUACAUUAACAUGAGUUAUAUUUGGAAGAGAGAAUGGAAGCUUGCUAAUCAGAAGUUACAUUAGGGUGAGAUUAAACAUCACUCUAAUAAUAACUUCUGAUGUAACUUAAUGUGGUUUGAGAUGUGUAAGAUUGUAAAGGCAUUGCACAAUGCUUGAUAAAAGUUGUGUUUUGCUUUUGUUCUUCCACCAGUUUAUUUUAGCCUUAAAGUUAUAGCUACAACAAAUUGAACCCUGUAGUUAUUACUAAGAGAGAGUGUGGAUAUUUUAAGUAUCUCCUAGUAUAAUAUGACAUUGUUCAUGUGGACUUAUUUUAAUGUUUAUUUGAAAAUUAAUUUUUUAAUUAUUUUGUAUAUUUUGAGUUAGAAAAACACACUUAAUCUUAGACACCAAAGCCAAAUUAUUCCAAGUGUAUGCUAUAAACCGCAGUGCGGCUCUGCUUCUCUCCCAACCUACACCAGGGCCAUUUUUGGCACAAUAGUUGUUCAAAUGUAGAUCACUAUGCUGAAUGAUCAUGCUGGAUUUGACCAGUAUGCAGUAUUUUAGUACUUUUUAAAAAAUGUAUGUUUCUUUUUGAAGACUAUAAUUUACAAUUUUUUUUUAUAAUGUGCAAUUUAAUAUAGAUAACCAAAAUCUUUUUAAUGAAAAGAUCUUUACAAUUGCUUGGAGGAUAAGAUUAUUUUACUGUGGAAAAAUGUGAUGCUCUCAGUAAAUGCAAUAAAAACUUUUUAGCAAAUUCC